UGUAUGUGUUCACCAUGUUUUCCUAGGUCAUUAUGUACUGUGGUCUGUAAAUGGAUGUACUGCCCUCCAGAUGGAUGGGAUGAGAGCUUCUGGACCAGCAUUGGAUUGGAGGAUCUGCUGGAAAAUAACUUCUCCAAAAUAGGCAGUAAGACGUCUGCUCCAGGAAGCCCACUGGGUGAUGGUCUGACCCAAGAGGCAGCAGCAGAGUUGGGUCUGAAUCCGGGAACUGCAGUCGGAUCUUCUCUCAUCGACGCUCAUGCUGGAGGCCUAGGUAUGAUUGGUGCAGAUGUAAAAGGUUUCAAUUUGCCAUGUGAGGACCAGCCAAUCACGUCACGCCUGGCGAUGAUCUGUGGGACUUCCACCUGUCACAUGGCAAUCAGUCAGCAGCCUCUGUUUGUACCUGGAGUCUGGGGACCCUACCUGUCUUCAAUGGUCCCUGACAUGUGGCUCAACGAGGGAGGACAGAGUGCUACAGGACGACUGCUCGACCACGUCGUAAAAAGUCACGCUGCGUACCCUCAGCUCCAGGAACAAGUACAGCGGAGGCUGGGUGAGAACGUUUACAGUUACCUGAACAGUCACCUGAGUUCAAUGGCUAACUCGGGCUCUGCUGUUGACCUGCUGGGAUCCGGUCUCCACAUGUGGCCCGACUUCCAUGGAAACAGGUCACCGCUAGCUGAUUCUACCUUGAAAGGAAUGGUGGUUGGCCUGUCUGUUUCUCAAACAAUUGAAGACCUGGCUCUUCUCUAUCUAUCCACCAUACAAGCGCUGGCUCUCGGUACACGUCAUAUUCUCGAGGCCAUGAAAGACGCAGGACAUGAUAUCAGGACCAUCUUCCUGUGUGGGGGGUUGAGCAAAAACGCCCUUUUUGUACAGAUCCAUGCGAAUGCAACAGGUUUACCUGUGGUUUUACCAGAUCAAACGGAGGCGGUGUUGAUAGGAGCGGCAAUUUUGGGAGCUUGUGCUUCUCAGGACUUCGGUUCUGUACAGGAGGCAAUUGAGAAAAUGGCCAAAGUGGGCAAAGUUGUGCAGCCAGACGUUAAUCUACAGAGCUUCUAUAACAGAAAGUACGAGGUGUUCUUGCGGCUGUUUGUCCACCAGAGGGAGUACCAAGCCAUUAUGGACCAGCGUUGACGCCUUGGAGUAUAAAGAUGAGUCGAGGUGACGUCACUGAAUUCAAAACUGCACAUUAAUAGACUGACUUAAAACAGUUGCUAUUUUUUCCAAUCACCGUCCUGUUUUUUUUUUCUAUAGAUCAAAUAGUUUAAUGUCCAAUUAAUAUCUAUUUAAUUAAGGAUUAGUUAAUUAAAUCUUUGUUUUGCACUGAUCACAACCCAGUUAUUUUCUAAUUCACGCCCCCCCCUUUCCUAACCACAACCCCAUGAAUUGAAAUACCAUUGAGAACCUGAUAAUGUAUAUUUUUAUCUGUACAAACCAACUGUAUAAGAUGCUGCCCCCUAGUGACUGGAGGCUUGUUAUCACUCAAACAUUACAACACUGGUACACUUAUGUCCAGUGCCUGUGUCAUAUUCCAUUGCAAGCCCCUCACUCCUCCCUCCCCCGGCACACCACUGCGCCCCCCCAGAGGGCCCCGCCCCACUGUUUGAGAAGUACUGUCAUAACCAAUGCUGCCUCUUCUAAAGAGCCGCAGUCCAAAUGCGGCGAAUAAAAAUAUCAACAAAUAAUUAAUAAAUAAUAUUUUUGAAAUUA